GAAGUCCCUGCUGUGCCAGGUUGGUGACAGCCAGCAGGGCACUGGUGUCCCCAGGCUCGUGCCCGGGGUGGCCGGCGAUGACCGACGCGGUGCUGGGCGGCUCCUCUGACCGGUGGAUGUGCCCCAGUGACAGGACCAUGUCCCUCCGAGCCAGCAGUGAGAAGGAGCAGCUCCCGGCGGGAUGGGCGGCACAGCCCGAGCGGCAGCGCAAGGGCGAGGAGCUGACGGAUGAGGAGAAGGAAAUCAUCAACCGGGUGAUCGCCCGCGCCGAGAAGAUGGAGGAGAUGGAGCAGGAGCGCAUCGGGCGCCUGAUGACCCGGCUGGAGGACAUGCGCCGCAGCGUGCUGGGGGACGGCAUCAACCGCUGCAUCCUCUGCGGGGAGCAGCUGGGGACAAGGGGCUCUGCCUGCGUCGUCUGCGAGGACUGCAAGAAGAACGUGUGCACCAAGUGCGGGGUGCAGACCACCAACAACCGGCCCCAGGCCAUCUGGCUCUGCAAGAUCUGCAGUGAGCAGCGGGAGGUGUGGAAACGCUCCGGUGCCUGGUUCUUCAAGGGUUUGCCCAAGCAGAUGCUGCCGCAGCCGAUGCCCGUCAGCAAGAAGGGAGCCCAGCCCCCGAGCGAGCCCCGCCCGGCCCAGCCGCCCGCCCCGGACCCCAAACUCCCCUCCCGGGCACCCACCCGAGGCACCGAGGGCACAGCGGCCGCCCGGGGGAGCCGCAAAGCGGCCGAGGGCCGGCCGGGUCCGUGCGGCAGCGAGGACACCGCUGGGGACAGCGACAGCCGGGACUACGCAGCCGAGAGCGGCGUCAGCCGGAGCCCCGGUGUGAAGAGAACCAACUCCGUGCAAGGCCAGCGGCCACCCCCGCCGGCCACCGCCGGUCCCGCUGGAUCUGCCCCGGCAGCGGCACCCGCAGCGCCGGCGGCUGCAGCGGCAAGGCCGGGUGCCGGGGGUCCCGCCCGCUUCCCGGAGAGACAAGGUAACCCCGGGCUGGGCCCCCCGGAGCCGGCCCGCGGUGCCGCCAGGGAGGAGCGGGGAGGGGGCUUUGCCGCGCCCCCCGGCAGGGAGGACAGGCCAGCCUGGCAGCCCCCUGCUGCCAGCCAGCCCCCGCCCGCAGCCGCGGCCCCGCAGCGGCAGCAGCAGCCCCGUGAGGAGGAGGAGGAGGACGCCAACAGCUACGACUCGGAUGAAGGCACUACGCUGGGAGCUCUGGAGUUCAGCCUGCUCUACGACCAGGACAACAGCUCCCUGCACUGCACCCUCAUCAAGGCCAAGGGCUUAAAACCAAUGGAUUCCAAUGGCCUGGCUGAUCCCUAUGUGAAGCUGCACCUCCUGCCUGGAGCCAGCAAGUCCAACAAGCUGCGGACGAAGACGCUGCGCAACACGAGGAACCCGGUGUGGAACGAGACCCUGGUGUACCACGGCAUCACCGACGAGGACAUGCAGAGGAAAACCCUCAGGAUCUCCGUGUGUGACGAGGACAAAUUUGGCCACAACGAGUUCAUUGGAGAAACCAGAGUUGCCUUGAAAAAACUCAAAGCCAACCAGAAAAAGAACUUCAACAUCUGCCUGGAGAGAGUAAUACCAACGAAGCGCGCCGGAACAACGGGCGCAUCCCGUGGGAUGGCUCUGUACGAGGAGGAGGUGGAUCGCGGUGGGGACGUGGAGGAGCGCGGGAAGAUCCUGGUGUCCCUGAUGUACAGCACCCAGCAGGGCGGGCUCAUCGUGGGCAUCGUGCGCUGCGUGCACCUGGCGGCCAUGGACGCCAACGGAUACUCGGAUCCUUUCGUCAAGCUUUGGCUGAAACCUGACAUGGGAAAAAAGGCCAAGCACAAGACACAGAUUAAGAAGAAAACGUUGAAUCCUGAAUUUAACGAGGAGUUCUUCUAUGACAUCAAACACAGCGACCUGGCCAAGAAAUCCCUGGACAUUUCCGUCUGGGAUUACGACAUCGGGAAAUCCAACGACUACAUCGGCGGUUGCCAGCUGGGAAUCACGGCCAAGGGCGAGCGCUUGAAACACUGGUACGAGUGUUUGAAGAACAAGGACAAGAAGAUCGAGCGCUGGCACACCCUGCAGAACGAGAACCACGUGGCCAGUGAUUAAAGGGAGCCUCUGCCCAGCCCUCCCUGCCCUCUGCCACGCCCCUGUAGGUCCCUGAUGUCCCUGGUGUCCCGUCUUCCAGCGCAGCCACGCCUUGCUACAGCCUCUGAUCCCAGGGUCCUCCUCCUCCUCCAAGCCCCCUCCAUCCUCCCCUCCCCUGGAAACUCCCUCAAAUCUUUUCUAUUCUCCUUUAUUUAUUUUCAGCUGGGGGAGGGAGGCUGUUCAGUUCCCCUGGUGUGUAAUUUUGGCAAGCAAUAGUUCCCUCCUGACUGUUCCCCCCUCUCUCUCUCUCUCUCUCUCUCUCCGUUCCCGUCGCGUUUCUGACGCUCUGUGUCCCUCCAGCCUCUACUCCCAGGGGAGAUGGGAGUGCUGGGCUUGGGAGCAUCAGCCUGUCCUUGCUUGUGUGAUCUCAAUACCUCAGUUGCAAUAACAAAAAAGCUCCUUGGCUUUGGUGUGGGUGUCACCGCCGCCUGGUGUCCGUGUCGUCGUGGUUAGGCCAACUCCGGUGUCACCGGCGUCAUCCCGCGAGUCCUGCUUGAGCUUCACCUCUGCUCUGGCCCACCUGAGCAAUGUUGUGGCACAUCCUUUGCUGAGAAGAUCCACCACCAACACCAUAACAGCGACAAGGAGGGUUUAGGGAGCUCUGUGCUGGCAGGGGAGCAGGUUUGGGUCGGGUUUUGUCCUUUCCAGCCGCCGCGGGCGGUUCCUUCGCCCGAGGAAUUCGAGGGCUCUGCUGGUCUAGGAGCCCAGCUGUGUUUUAGGGUUGUGACUACCUCCUCCUCACCUCUGAGCUGUGUAGUAGUGACUGGCCGAGCCCUGAAGGGCUCCUAGGUCCCCUCAGACCCCUCCUGCUUCCAAGGAUUUACUGUUCCUCAGGAGGGAAGCUGAGGGAGCUGCUGCUCCCCCCCAGCCCCCUGAUGUGUGCAAGGAUUAUUGCUUUAAACCACCACAGCUCCUGGAAUUAGCUGGAACAAUCUGAGAUCUUCCAAACUUGGCUUGUUUUGGUUUGGUUUUCUUUCAUUUUUCCCAGUUUUCCACACAAGAACCCUCAGCCUGCACUUUAAGGAUGGCCUGGAGCUGUUGGAAGUGGUCUGGACAGCAGGAGAGCACAGACCUCUGCAGCUGCUGCUGCUGGGCUCUGGAACCAUUCCCUGGCUCUGGAACCAUUCCCUGGCUCUGGAACACUCCAGGCCCUGUGGAUAGGAGCACACUAAGCACUAUGGAAUAUAUGGAAUUUUUUGUCACACUGAGCAUGGUGUGUGAAACCUCCCCCCGAGCCCCCUGCACCCUCUGCUGCUGCUGCCCUCUCUUGGAGUUGGAUGAGUUCUGUUCUCCUGGUAUUUUCCUUAUCUCCCCCCAGCCCCAGCAGAACUUGCUGGUGUGCCCUGAGUGUCCCCAGCCCUGGUGACACAAACCCCUCUGUGCUGAGCUGGCCCAGCCUGGCCCAGGCUCUCCCCUCCUUGGAUCUCCAGGUGGGAAAAGCCAAGCCAAGCCAACCCACCCCAGAGGGUCCAGCUGGGAAUCCUCUUCCAUCACCCCAGGUGAUGCGAUGGUGCUUGGGGUGGGAUGGAAGAGGGCACCUGGAAAUUUUCCCCUUUUUCAUGGAAUUCUUUCCUCUAUGCCAGUCAGGGUGAUGUUCCUGAGCUGCCCUGGCCAGGACCAGACUGAAACAAUCUCUUUUUUUUGGACUGUUCCCCUCUGCACCCCGUGCUGAACCCUGCCUGCUGCAGGCCCAGCUGAGCUGUGGGGUGGGGGGAUCCAGGAUCAAUAGUUGGACUCUCCCUUUUUCAACCUUAAUGACUCCAAGCUGCCACUAUCCUUUCCAGAGGGAUGGACCUGGUCCAAAAAAUUCCUAUUCAUACCCAGAGCAGCACCUGGGCACGGAGCUGUGCAGGGGAAAUGUGGGGCUGAGGGUAAAAAAAACCCUUUUAAAAUCAUUAUUUAAGCAAUUCCUUCAUUUCUCCCAGUCCUGCAGCAGCCCAGCCUCCUUUGUACGUGCAGAACAACUCACUUAAGGUUACCCUUUUCCCAUCCUGUAUUCCCAUUCCCUGUUCAGCCUGCUUUCUUCGGGAAAAGGAAACUCAGAUCAUCUCUUUGCACCUCCAAAAAUCAAGUGCAACUUGCCAAUCUCCUCAGUAUCGUGCAAAACCACAGCCCUGGUCUCUGCCCCAUCCCCCUUCUCAGUUUUUCUGAUGGUAAUUCCUGCCCUGAAUGACUUCUUUUUGUUGUAAAUAAAGCAUGCACCUAUGGAUUGGGAAUGGUGAAAAAACAAACAAACAAACAAAAAGGCAAAAAAAAAAGAAAAUUAAAAGCCUCUUCUACUGCUGUUUGCAUUCAGACUCGCAUGCAGUGAUUUUACAGCCAAAUAUCAGUUUACAAUGGUUAAAAGAGAAAAAGAAAACCUUACACAGGAAUUAGAAAUCCUCCAGUCUUCCGCUGCAUGCAGCACAACAUCCUCUCUUGAUGUGGUAUCUAAUAAAGUGAGACUACUGGAAAAGAACAAAAAUAAA